GCCGCUGCGUCCAACGCGACGCCCACCCUCAACACCUCCUUCGAUUCCUCCAUUUUGUCCGUUCCUCCCGACUCGGUCAGCGCCGGUGACUCCUUUGGCAGCCUGGAACAACCCCUCAGCCAGACACCUACACUUGGAACAGAUUCGGAGGGCACGAUAGAUCCCGACGAGACUCCCGAACAGAAGGCCGAACGCGAGAAGUCCCGACGCCAAGCUAACAAUGCUAGAGAACGCCUUCGGGUGCGCGAAAUCAACGAUGCUUUCAAGGAACUGGGCCACAUGAUUAACUUGCACACCGGCAAUUCGCAGCCCCUGACCAAAUUGAUGAUCUUACAGCAAGCAGUCAGCGUUAUAAGUGGCCUCGAGCGCGAGGUUCGAGCCUCUAAAAGAUGCAUGUCUUCUUCCUUCUUUUUUGCAUGUUCCAUUCCGCUUGCCUGCCUGCUUCUCCCGACCGGUUCUCGCCCUCCUCUGUUCAGUGUUCGGGUUCGAGACAUCAACGACGCCUUCAAGGAGUUGGGUCGCAUGUGCAUGAUUCACCUGAAGAAUGAACGUCCCCAGACUAAACUUACAAUCUUACAGCAGGCCGUAUCCCUGAUCACCAGUCUAGAGCAACAAGUUCGCGGCACGUACUCCGGUUAUCGGGAUCUCCCAGUCGCGCAUGGCAACCGAACUGCUGCCGUUUAUCCACCUCCCUACCCACAGGAUUCUGCCUGUUAUCCAUCAGGAGAGUCCACAGAUUCCUGGCGCUCCCUGCAGACUCAUGGUCUUCACCCAAAGGAUCCCGCUGCGGGUUUCCUCUCCAGCGCCUCCUUCUCAUCUUCUCUUCCAUCCGGGGACAACCGCCAACCAACGACACUGCUCUCAAAAUUUCGGCGUACCGAAACUACGGGCAAUAACAACAGGGUUACUGUGGAGGAACUACAGCAUCAGUCUCAGUGUCUAAAAGCAGCUUACGCCUUACUUGCUGGGGAGGCUGGGGAAGAGGCAAAUACCUCGGAGGAUGAAGAUGACGAAGACGAAGAGGAGGAUGUUGACGAAGAUUCCGACAGUGAGCACUUGGCUAGCGCGCCCCUCAACCGUCAGUUAACCACUACCACUGGCGUCGAGGCAAACCAAUUGUCUGAUUCUCCGCUCAAGUUAUCGCCUCCUAUGUCGGCCACCUCAUAA